AUCUCAAUAUCUUCUCUUUCAAUCUCUAUUUCCCAUUUCUAUUCUUCCAUGGCCAUCACCUCGAAGAUAUUUUUCAUUACAACAACUGUAACAGUCCUAAUAUCUACCUUAAUUGCCAUUAAUCGUAGUACCAAGUUAUCAUAUCAACCCUCUAAUAAUAAUAAUAAUAAUAUAAAAUUUUCUUUUAGUGAUCAUGACAACCUUAAGCAACAAGAAUCGGAGACUCUUUGCCUCGGUGGUGCAACCGGACCUGAAAGUUUUGCGUUCGAUAAGUUUGGCCGGGGUGCCUAUACCGGUGUAUCCGACGGUCGAAUUCUCAAGUGGGAGGAAAAUGAACAACGUUGGAUAGAUUUUGCUGUUACUUCUUAUCAUAGAAUCGGGUGCGAGGAACCUUGUAAUCGGUACGAGAUGGAGCCAAUCUGUGGGCGUCCAUUAGGUUUGUGGCUCAACGAAUCAAACGGUGAAUUGUACAUUGCUGAUGCUUACAUGGGACUUCUAAAGGUCGGGUCUGAAGGUGGGUUGGCCACUAAGAUCGUGUCAUGUGCCGAUAAGGUACCGUUCAACUUCACCAAUAACCUGGACGUUGAUCAGUCAAGUGGAGCCGUCUAUUUCACCGAUAGCAGUUCCCGAUACCAAAGAAGGGAUUACAUAUAUGUGAUAUUAAGUGGAGAUAAAUCAGGAAGGCUAUUGAAAUAUGACCUACAAAGCAAACAAGUGAAAGUACUAAUUGGCAACCUUUCAUUUCCAAAUGGAGUAGUAAUAAGUAAAGAUGGAAACUCCAUUUUAUUUGCAGAGACCACCACUUGUAGAAUUCUAAAAUAUUGGAUAAAAACACCUAAAAUUGGAACUCUUGAAGUUUUUGCAGAACUACCAGGAUUUCCUGACAACAUAAAAAAGAGCCCUAGAGGAGGAUAUUGGGUUGCUAUUAACUCAAAGAGAGAAAAAAUCUUGGAAUGGACCAUUUUAAACCCUUGGAUUGGGAAUUCUUUGAUUAAGCUUCCUCUUGAUUUGAUGAAAGCUUAUUCAAUUUUGGGUAAGUAUAGAAAGAGUAGUUGCAUGGCAAUUAGGUUAAGUGAAGAUGGAGACAUAUUGGAAGUUUUUGAAGAUAGAAAAAGAUUCAAGUCCUUAAGUGAAGUUAAUGAAAAAGAUGGUAAAUUAUGGAUUGGAUCAAUUGAUUUGCCUUUUGUAGGAAGGUAUGAUAUUUGAAUUGCCUAAGAUAUUUUUAUUUUGUAUUAAUUAAUCAAAGAUAGGAAGCAAAAAUAAAAGAAAGAUGAAAUCAUGAAA